AUGUGUGCAGGUGAGGGGAUUCUACCUCCGGGACCCCUGAGUGGAGCUGUAGCGGGCGCAGUGAAGUUCACCACCACCCUUAGACCUCCUCAGAAUCCGUUCCUGUCUGUAAGCUGGAGCUUUAAAGGGGUGAACAUAAUCACCUCCACCAGCGUCAACGUCACCGAACCCGGACACGUCAACAGGAUCUCAUUAGACCGAGCCACGGGGAGCCUGGAGCUCAGAAACCUGGUGCUGGAGGACAGCGGGGAGUACACGGUCAUCAUCAUUCCAGAUGCAGGGCUGCAGAAACAAGGGAAGAUCACUCUGGAUGUCUAUGCGCUGAUAUCCAAAGCCACCAUCCGCAGCCCUGAAACCAUCCUGAUAGAAGACAGAAGCUCCACUAACCUCACCUGCGAGGCCUCUGGCUCCAUUCGCACCAGAGUGUGGACAAAAGAUGGCCAACCUCUUCGUCCCAGUGACAGAGUCAGCUUCUCCAUAAGCAACAAGACAGUGUUCAUAAAGCCUGUUGACAGCACCAAUCACGGCACCUACCAGUGUCGAGUCAGCAACCCGGUCAGCUCCAUGACGGCGGCCUAUCAUCUCACUGUCAACUUUGGACCACAUAACAUAUCAAUUAUUGGCCCAUCAGCAGCUCCACCGGGCUACAGAGUGACACUGCUGUGCACAGCAGCUUCUGUCCCACCGGCAAACUUCAGCUGGACGUUGAACGGCAAUGAGACGCAUGUUAACACCUCCUCGUACAUUAUAGAGAGGCUAGAGGCAGAAGACACUGGGAAUUACACCUGCACUGCCAGAAAUAUGGUGACAAUGAUGGAAAACUCCACAGUUCUGAACCUGAAAGCUUCUCUCCCUGGAUGA